AUGUUGAAAUCGGCAUUUUCGCGGCUUCCAAAGAGAUAUUCCUCCGCAAGAGCUGUUGAUUUGUCAGACUGGCGGUCGUUAAUUUCUGUUAGGGGCAAGGAUGCCAAGGCCUUGCUUCAAGGAGUCAUCACAAAUGAUAUUUCAAACUUGCAGCAUGCCGGUUCAAUGUAUUCCAUGUUCUUAAACGCAAAAGGAAGAGUCUAUUUCGACGCGAUUUUAUAUCACUUGAACGACGAUGAAAUUUUAAUCGACUGCGACAAGACUCUUUCCACGAAGCUAAAGAAGCACUUGUCGAUGUACAAAAUCAGACGAAAAGUGAAAAUCGAUUUUGUCGAAAGCGAAUCUAUUUGUCAUAUUCUCCCCGGAAGCGAAGACCUUGAUUUUGGAUUUGUCGACCCGAGGCUGGAAAAAAUGGGAGCAAGGGUGCUUUCCAAUCCGAAUUUACCGACGAUGUCAUUGGAAGAAUACCACUCGCACAGAUAUAGACUCGGAAUUCCAGAGGGCGGAGAAGAGAUUCCAUUCAACAAAGGCUUCCCGCUCGAGUGCAACUGCGAUUUAAUGAGCGGCGUCUCCUUCCACAAAGGAUGUUACCUCGGCCAAGAACUGACCGCGCGCACUUUCCACACUGGCGUCACUAGAAAACGAAUCGUUCCAUUAAAACUCUCUCCUGGAAACGAAGCAAAAGAUAUUAAAGCAAAAAGAAGCGCAGGAAAAAUUUUAACAGUCGAUUCUGAUGGGAAUGGAUUGGCCAUGUUCAGAACUGAUAAUUUUGACAAAACGGUGAAAGUUGGAGACGAAGAAAUCGUCGUUUCAAAGCCGAGUUGGUGGGAGAGAGAAGGAGACUCGCUGGAAUUCGGAAUUUCAAACCAUUUAAAGCAUCUUGACUAUUAUUCAUUUGCUGAAAAUUUCUAG